AGUAAACACGUAUAAAAAACAGGUGCGCAGGCUGAAGAAAGCUGCGAAAAAUGUUCUGUUCGUCAACGCUGGAGACUUUUAUCAAGGGACUCUAUGGUACUCGAUACUUAAACACAAGAUUGUGUCUGCAGCAAUGUCUCAAAUGUCCUACGACGUGGUGUGCCUAGGAAAUCAUGAGUUCGACGACGGACCGCAGGGACUGGCUCCAUUUCUUUGGAAAAUGAAAGAGGCCCAGGUUAGGGUUCUGGGGACAAACCUUGACACGUCUGCUGAGCCGAGCUUUCAAGGUAUCUCCCUGCCAAGGUCCACAGUGUACAAUAUCGAAGGACACCAGGUUGCGUUUCUGGGUGUCGUUACAACGGAAACCAUAACAAUCGCCAAACCAGGUCGCAUCAGGAUACUGCCGGAAAUUGAGAGUAUAAACGACGAGAUUCGCCGUCUCAAGGAGAAGCGUAUAAAUAUAUUUUUCCUAAUAAGUCAUGUUGGCUUCGACGUUGACCAAAAAAUUGCCGCCGCAUGCCCAGAUCUCGAUCUUAUUAUAGGUGGGCACACGAACACGUUUUUGUACACAGGCAAGCCACCGGUCGACGAUAAGCCCGAAGGACCGUACCCGGUCGUCUAUAAGCGGCCAGAUGGAACACAGUGUCUUAUUGUGCAAGAUUUCCGCUUUGGAAAAUACCUCGGCUAUCUCCGGAUGGAAAUAAAUCGAAACGGAGUGAUCACACACUGGGCUGGUGCUCCUAUAUUGCUGAGCCAGGACGUACCACAAGAUAUGCAAGUUCUAAAUAGCAUGAUGCCAUACAAAAAAAUUGUGGACGAAGCGAUCAUGAGAAGUGUGGGCUCCACAAAAGUAUUGCUGGAAGCUGACGAAAAGCUGUGCCGAUACAAGGAGUGCAAUUCUGUGAACCUGAUGGCCGACGCUUUUCUUGACUUCUACACCAACAGGAAUAGCCCUGUGCCAUGGGCAUGGUCUGUAGUAAACGCUGCCGUCAUCAAUGGAGGCAUCGCGAGGGACACUAUCCGACAGAAAGCGAACGUCACACUAGGAGACCUGCUGGGGGCCAUGCCGUACGACAGUGACUUGGUCGUGAUGGAUAUGAGCGGAAAAGAUCUGUAUAAUAUGUUCGAAUACGGAGUUAGUGAUUUUACGUGGUAUCCUGACUUGAAUGGAAAAUUUCUGCAAGUAUCAGGUGCACGCGUUGUGUACGACUUCCGCCAGCCAAAUGGUCGAAGAGUUGCAUCACUGAAGAUACUUUGUGCCAAUUGUAGUGUGCCGGUGUACCAACCAGUUAGGUAUAACAAUGUAUACAGCAUUGUGACGACUUCAUUCAUCGCAAGCGGAGGCGACGGAUUCAAGUUUGGUUCCGGUGUUACUAAGCGCACGGAAGGUGUCAGCGCGAUAGAUGUAUUUUCGAAGUACUUCAGCAAAAUCUCUCCUGUCAAGACUCCUGAAGAGGACAGAGUCAUUGUGCUGAACCUUCCGAAAAGAGGAUGAGGUUCACCAUGACAAAAAAUGAAAUAUCACAAGUGUAUUUCCUCUAUAUAAAACUUUUAACUCAA